GGACUCUUCGUUCUUUUUUCUCCAGCAGGGGAAGGGAGACAUUCUGCAGGGAGGGUUAACAUCAUGAUACCAUGAGAAAGAAGAGCCGGAUAAUGCAUGGUAGGGCUGCAGAGAAAGUUAACCCCUUUGAAUUUAAAAUCCAAAAUACAUUUGAAGAAGAAAUAGGUUUAACUCAAACAUCAACACUGUGUGUGUGAAACUGCAAUUUCCUUAAUGGGGAACGACUUAAUUAUCCCAUAGAAAUCUUUUAUUUUUAUCUUUUUUUAAUUUGCUGCUAUCUUCUUUGCAAAUUAUAAAUAGCUGAAUAAGAAUACAAGAAAUAUUUAUAUAAUGAAUUCAUUUUGAAAUCUAUUUUUAUAAAACUUAUCACAGCAAAUCUGUUUAUAUUUUCCCUGCACACAGCCCGUAACAAAAUUAUGAUUUAGCAGUAACACGUUCAUUUUUUUUUUCAACUGCAUUAUUUAGAGACUGAUAUAUUUUACAUUUUUUUGCCAAUGUCAAAUAUGGAAUUUUAAGAUCCAAGUAUUUAUUUCCGGCAAAGUAAAUUUGUUUUCAAAAUACAUUUUUCUUCAUUCGUUUUUUUUUUUCUGGAAUUUGAUGGUACAAUGAGUGGUGGACGAUUUGAUUUUGAUGAUGGAGGGGCAUAUUGUGGUGGGUGGGAAGGUGGCAAAGCCCAUGGCCAUGGCAUCUGCACUGGACCGAAAGGUCAAGGCGAGUACUCAGGCUCCUGGAAUUACGGUUUUGAAGUGGUAGGCAUUUAUACCUGGCCCAGCGGCAAUACAUAUGAAGGAUAUUGGGCUCAAGGAAAAAGACACGGCUUGGGUAUUGAAACUAAAGGAAGAUGGGUAUACAAAGGAGAAUGGACUCAUGGGUUCAAGGGAAGAUAUGGCGUUAGACAAAGUAUGAGCAGUGGAGCCAAGUAUGAAGGCACAUGGAAUAAUGGAUUGCAGGAUGGAUAUGGGACAGAAACCUACGCUGAUGGUGGGACAUACCAGGGACAAUUUACAAAUGGAAUGCGACAUGGAUAUGGUGUUCGUCAGAGUGUUCCAUACGGAAUGGCUGCUGUGGUUCGUUCUCCUCUGCGUACCUCCUUAACAUCUCUACGUAGUGAGCAUAGCAAUGGGACACUGGUACAACAUGAUGCUAUUUCUGCUUCUCCAGAUAAUAUUGUGGCACCCACAAUCACCCGAGGAGGAUUUGCCCUCUCCCUUUAUUCUGACACAGAAUCCCUAAAGGAUAAAAAACGGGGCCUUUUCAGAAGAGGAUCACUCUUGGGUAAACUGAGAAAAUCAGAUUCAAAGACUUCUCUUUCAUCUCAAAGAAGUAAGCUGAGCUUCUUGAAGAGUGAAAGUGGAAUUAGUUCUGCAGCAAGUGAUGCCAACUCUACUGUAAGCUUUGGGGAUGGAAUGGAAUCAGAAGAGUUUCAACCAAUUGAGUCCGACAUUGAUGCUACCACCACUGAGGUCUACCAAGGUGAAUGGAAGAAUGACAAACGGUCAGGCUUUGGAGUAAGUGAGAGGUCCAGUGGGCUGAAAUAUGAAGGCGAGUGGCUAGACAAUCUAAGACAUGGAUACGGUUGUACCGUUUUUCCAGAUGGAAGAAAGGAAGAAGGAAAGUAUAGGAACAAUGUUUUCAUAAAAGGGAUGAAGAAAAGAGUAAUACCAUUAAAGAGUGCAAAGAUUAGGCAGAAGGUAGACCGAAGUAUUGAAGGAGCUCUGAGAGCAGCAACAAUUGCAAGACAAAAAUCAGAGAUUGCAGCCUCCAGGACAACUCAUGCUAAAGCCAAAGCGGAAGGAGCAGAGCAGGCUGCUCAAGCAGCAAAUAGCGAAUCCAGUAUAGCGAGAACCAUGGCCAGAGAACUGUCACCAGACUUUCAUCAACCAGGGCCAGAGUAUAUAAAACGAAAGUUGCUUCAGGAGAUUAUAGAGAAUGCAGAACCUAUGGAGAUCAAAGAAAAUGCAGCUCCGCCCAAUGAAGGGCCACCUCCAACCCCUCCAGAAAGUCCUCAGCUUCAUGAAAAACAAUCUUCUUCACAUGAUAUAUCCCCAGUAAGAACACCAUCCCCUGCUGGAUCACCCCCAGAAGCAAAAAUACCUAAGCAGAGUUCGCAAAAAGAAAGGUUGCUUGGGACAAGCAACUGGAACGGAGACCAGAGUCGUGGCGGAAGUCGUAUUGGAAGUAGACCUACUACCCCAUCAGCUCACAUGCAUGCUGUUUUACCUUCUCGUAGCCCAUCUAGAAAAGGUCACACAACUACACCAGCCGAAUUGAAUAUGAAACCUCUUCAGAGGUUACAAGACAAAUUAGCUGAAACUGAUGUUGAAUAUCAUAAGGAUUAUCAUAGUUAUGCUGUGCGGACCUCUCCAGUAACUCCUCCAUUGGACUAUGAAGAAACAGCAUUCCCAUCACCUAAAACUCCAACAAGGGAAGGCAGUCCAGAUUUCAAAGAACGUAUGAAGGAAAGUUUAAGUUUUUCCCAAAAAGACCCUGUUAGAAAAGCAGAAGUUAGUAAAUACAAACCAAAUGAAGAUUUGAAGCCAGAAGCUAAAAGAACUCUGGGCAUGAUUAUGGUUAAAUCUGAUCCUAAAAGUGAAAUUAAUGUUGAAGCUAAAAGUGAACGUGUUUAUGAGACCAAGACAGUCCAGAAGUCUGAGCCUAAAACAAGUCAGAAAGCAGAACCAAAGGUCAUACAGAAGUCAGUAGCAUCAAAACCUGAACCUAAACCAAUGCUAAAAUCAACUCCUCAAAAACCUGAACCUAAAGCUGGACUAAAGUCUGAGCUUAAGGCACUACCAAAGCCAGAAACUAAGAGUAUAGUGAAAAAGGGUGCUCAAGUUGCAGCAGCUACAAAUGCAGAGGAGGAGCUUGAAGAGCGACCUGAUACAAUCAUGAUCUGCAUGGUAAUUUUAUUGAAUAUUGGCCUGUCCAUCUUAUUUGUGCAUCUCUUAACAUGAAACCAAGACGAAUAUCAUAAUACAAAACAUGGAUUCUUAAAGCAGCUUGAGAAGAUGUCAGAAGAAAAGCCGAUUUGAACCUUGAUGGGUUUUAAAGAGGAGAAACAUAGACAAUCAAUUCACUGCCGCUUACUGGCCUGUUCUAUUCAACAAUGAUAUCAAAUGAAUUUUUCUUGUAUUUUUUUUUCCAACCACUCCCUGAAAUGUUUAACUUGUCUUGUCUGAAAAGGAAGAACCUAGAGCUGAACUGGCGUAUAUCACAAUGACAAAUGUAAGAGGAUUUUUAUCUGUGAAUUCUAGUACUGAAGAUACAUUUUAUCUUUGAGGAACAUGGGUUUAAGUUAUGAAUAAAUAUGAGUAAUAAAUCAUUUGAAUGGAAAUAUUUAUAUGUGAACUUAUUCACAAAAAGAAACUACUUACAUCUUAGCUUCUGAUAGUUUUAACAUUUGAAUUCAUUUUUUUUUUUUUUUCAGUGUGCUGUUUGAAUGAUAUAAUGUUGUAGGAACAAAAUGAUCAUGGUAACAUGUUUACACAUUUUAUGCUAUAUCACUGUUAUAUCACCCCAUGUCUUAAAAAUAGGAUUUUUAAUUGCAUGUAAUUUUGCUUAAUUCCUAGUGCAAUUUCUGUAGUACCGGAAAUGCCACAUGGUCUUUAAAAAAAAAAAUAAAGUCUGGUGAUUGGUUAUUUCAA